UUGAUUUAGAUUUAUCGGAAAAUUAUUUUUUCAGUAAGUACGAGUACUAAUUAGGGAGUAAGUCAUAUUCUCUCUCUAGAGUAGAAUCGGUUAAAUGGAAAUCAUAGUAUUAUAUUACCAAAUUGUGAAUCCGAAGAGGCGAAUAGUAAUGCACAUUAAAAAAGGUUAAAGAAGAAGUGAAGAGAAUGAAGAAACGUGGUUCCAGAAAGAUGUCAAAUGCCACUGAUGAUUUACUAGAGUUUUUCAAGGUUUACACCUCUUCUCUAAGUUCCCAAAUGAUGAAAAUUCCACCAGAUUUUAUCACCAAAUUUGUUGGGAAUAUUCCGACAACGUGCACGUUGGAAAGGCCACAGGCUGCAUCUUGGAAAGUUGAUGUUUGCAAAGUGAAGGAUUGUUGGUAUUUCCAAAAAGGGUGUUGGCCUAAUUUUGUGGAAGAUAAUUUGUUACAAGAUGCUGAUUUUCUAACAUUUUGUUAUCUUGGGAAUUCCUUGUUUUGUGUCAACAUAUUCUCACCAAAUGGUUGUGCAAAAAGAGGUCAAUCUGCAGGUACUAAUGUUCCAACACAGGGAUACUUGAACAAGGGGUUUGUGCGUAUGCCACGAAAGUUUUGGAAUGCACACAUGGAAAAACAUAAAAAAUUAAGACUGGAUGCUACUGUUUGGGUGGAAAAUCAAGAAUGGGAUGUGGGAGUGUUGAAACGUCAUGAUAGUAUUCUAAUUACAAAAGGUUGGCCAAAAUUUGUGAGAGAUAAUAAUCUCAAAGCUGAGACUUCAAUCUCUUUUCAACUCACUAAUAAUGCCAACCAUCUGUCUUUCAUUGUCAUGUUUUGUAAAUCCAAUUGAGGUUUGGUGACAGUUUCAUUCCCACCAAAAAUAUGGUAAGUCUACUUUGAUAUGUUAUAACUUAUCAAGGCCGUGUUUAUUUAGCUAAGUGCCUAAGUUUAUAUUAGAAGUGUUUAUAGAACUUCAUAUGUUAUUUUUGUAAAUGACAUGUUGCUUAUAAGGCAUUGAAGUUUAUUUUUGGGAGCAAUUUAUUUUUGAAAAAGAAUAUUAGCUUUAAGCACCUUCUUUUUGUAUUUAUCGAGUGCAACCUCGACUUAAUUCAACUCUUAUAGAAGAUCGAUUUUGUCAUUUUAUGUCUUUUUACAUCAAUCUAGCUCAAAUUUCAACUUGAUAGAUGACAAACAAAUGGUACAUAUUCACAAUAAUAUGUGUCACAAUUCACAAAGGUGUGAUUUCAGAAGAAUAUUGGGGUAUAAUAUAAGAAAAUAGU